AUGGUUGAAGCUGAGGUGGCACUGGAUGCUAAUCCAAAAAGGUGUGGUUCAUAUGACAUGCCAAGUGGGACUGGGCGGACUGUUGUGGGUCAGCCCUUGGUGGGAGUGGGUGGGUCAAAGGAUCCGGGUCCGGUGGUUACGGGUACGCCAGCCCAACAAGCUUGGCUAUGGAUUCCUGGUAUGGUAACACAACCCUACGACUUGGUUACUCUCGAGCCUACAAGGGUCGUUGAAACCCUCAAGAAUCUCACCGCAAGGUUUCAUGACUACAGAGUGGUUGAUGUCGUGAACUUGUUACCCACUGCCAAUGAUGGAACCAUCAGGCAUUUAUAUAUACAGAUGUGA